ACCUCAUCAACGAGAUGAAAAAAGGGAACAUUAGCAAACGGCAUCAUACAGCUUUCACCACAUGUACUCAUCUUUCUUAUCAUAUCUUGCUCAAAAGGAGAUUUCAAAUAUUUGACUUUGCUGAACACCGAAUCAUCUCUCAAAUUGACACGAAUCAUACGUCAUGGUGGCCUAAACGGUUGACAUCUACGAAUAUCAACACAUCGAUAGUUUGUGAAAUUUCUUUCGCGGGAUUAAAAUGAGAACAGAAAUAAUUGGCUAUACAAGUUUGACCUUUCUACUGAAGAGAAGAGCUGCUCGAAUGUUCAAGGUAACAGAAUAUGGUUUGUGAAUAUUUUAUGACAUUGCCCGACAAGAGAAGGAAGCGGUUUUUGAACAUUCGGGUAGAAAAAAAAAACACAUCAACAAAAUGAAUUAUGAGCAGUGCGUGCACUUUAUUAUAAAUUUAUGACAUUAAAAGCUCUCAACGUGACAGAGGUACCAAAUAUGUAGUCGCCAAUUGAGUCAAAGCUUUUACCAAAAAAAAAAACACCAGCCGAGGUAUAACUUGAUGAGGCCAGACAGGUAACCUGAGGGUGUACACAUUUAACGAUGGAGGCAUAUACAUGGUGUCUUGUUGUUCUCCUCUGCGUAGUCGCUGUCGUUGGGAUUCCCGGUAAUAUCCUCGUCAUGCUCAUCUACCAGCGCAAAGCGCGGCGGUUGAGCAUGAACGUUUACAUCAGCGGUCUCGCUGCGGUUGAUCUCUUCGUUUGCGGUCUGACCGCAUAUCGGCUUUACUCUUGGAUUAACGAGAAACAGUUCCACAACAACACGGUGUGUCAGCUAUUCACGUGGAUUGGCUUCUGGAGCGAAAUGAUGACCGCGUUUAUGACAACGGCUAUCGCGCUUGACCGCUACGUUUCUGUUUGUAAACCGCAUGCUGCGAUCAUAACCCCUAUGCGCGCUAUGAUCUCCAUUGGUUUUUGUACCGUAAUCAGCGGCCUACUUAGUUUAUUUUCGUUCCUGAUCUACGGCGUGGACCCCGCGAGCCAUGAGUGCAUGAUUAUGGAAAGUGGGGCUCUUUUGUACUCGUUUGCUGCCAUGACUUUCAGUGCGUUUGCCGUGCUUAUGGUAUCAGCGUUAAUCUUCUACUGGCUAAUGUUUCGAGAGGUUAGAAAACGGACAAAAAAGGUAGGACCGAGAUUUCUUCAUGUCAAACCCCGAAACGAGUCGAGUACACCGAGACCAGAACCGACGAUUGUACGGUCUCGGUCCGUUCCCUGCUCGCCGACGCAUUGCCGCGGCAAAGCUCGCAGCAAAUGGAAUCAAGCCCAUCGGCUCAUGAUUUCCAAUCAACUAGAACAAAGAAUGACGCUUGUCAGCCUUGCUACGUCUUUUCAGACAGGGCAAUUACAGUCAUCACCCAUAGGUAUCGAAACCGUUUCAAUCCGUCAGAAUACCUUCUUAACCGCUGAUAUCCAAACCUGGGACGUCGGACUACCGCGCCAUAGUAGCACCAGCGGUCUCGACUUGUCCUCAGAUAUGCGGUCACGCGCCAGUAGCAGCGUACACAACUUUGGCAGUCACAUCGCUUUGUCGUCGACGACCUGCCAAAGCAGAGAGACUAACGCGGUCAAAGCCAAUAACCAACCGGCGUUGCGACGUCGGCGCACCGGUAAAAUGCUGCUUCUUGCCACUGUGGUUUUUGUGAUCACCUGGACGGCGCGGUGUAUCAUGUGGCUCAUUGAGUUUCAGGCUGUGGAAUGGUGGCAUGAUAUUCGGCAAAAUAAUGACUUCGUCUUCGCCGUGCUUAUCGUUCUACAGCAUAUCUACUACACGACACCGGCUGUUAACCCGAUCAUAUACAGCUAUGUUAAUCCAAGAUUCAGAGAGGACUGUGCCAAGGUUGUAAACAGACUUUGUAGGAGAAGAGAGGUGUUAUAACCAUGGAUUAACCUCGGUUAGGAGGAGGCCACCAUCCUAGUAUCCCGGCCACAGGAACCAGAACAUCAAUAUUCUUCUCCUAACUGUAAAGUACUUGUUAAUUUCAAAUGCAACCUUCCCCAUUUUGCGUCUAAAUUAUAUUUAAUGUAAUUUAGGGAAAGCAUUUUCAUUGAUUUUUUUUGCAUUUUGUGAAGUUUAUUUUUAAAAGAAGAAUACGCCUUAUACUUGAUCAAUCGUUUUUGCGAGUAUUGAACUAGCUUAUUUUAACAGAGGCGUAGUUUAUGGUGGUAAAUGCCCCUCCAUCCCUCCCCAUCUCAUGGCAAAAAAGAGAAGAAAAGGAGAGGAAGAAAGAAAGGUGGAAGUAACAUUAAAAGAAGAAAAUAGAGCCCCUCCAAACCUUGAAACAAGUGGUCUCUUUAAUCUACCUAGUUGAAUUUAUGCGCCCCCCCCCCCCCACAAUUCCUUGUCUAUGCCGAAAGCCCGAGAUCCCUUCCCAUGCCCCUUACCCUGAAGAGU